AUUUUUAUCACCGCUGAAGUUAAUUUUUCAUAUUUUUUAACUUAACUUUAACAGAGUAUAGUUUGCUUUAUUUGACAUGUAAAUGAAGUUGCCUAACUUCUAGGCGCAAGUAAACUUCAUUAGAUAAACAUUUACACAUUUUUAUAUAAACGAGAAUAAUUAAACAAUGUACGAUAAACAACCCUAUCAAUUAAGCACACAUCGAAACUAUGAUGAAUAUAAUCGUCAGGUAAAACCAGUAAAUCACUAAGGUUUGUUUAUGUAGGCAGCCAUGCUUGUCGGCGCCAGCUGAUUUCGACGUAAACAACCCACGUUUGUUUUCACACAUGGACACUGCCUACUCGUAUCAUCCGACAUAUUCAAGCAACGUGUGUAACAUUGAAUGAUGUUGAAUAAAAAAACAACACCACACUUUCCAACCGGCCGCUCACUUUCUGUGUGCUUUCGUCCCAUAUCCCGUCGCCGGCGAGAGAUACGAUUGGACACGAGCGAAUGAAUGUGAAUGCGCGGAGGGCGCGGAGUAAUCGCGACGCGCGCCGCCGGAAUUUAUUCUGGUUUUCUCGCGUUAGUAUAAACAGCGCGUUGUGGUGUCCGCGCGUAGUUCGUUAAUUAACAUCGGUGCUGUCGAACGCGUUCGGUGCACACACGUUGCGCGGUGCGCAUUCGCCCUGAAGCUCCCCCACAAUAUGCUACGCAUCAUAUAAUCGCUGAUAUUAUUUAGAAUAAUAUUCGUAGAAUUUUACACGGCGUCAUAAUCCAAUACGUGUUUAUCACAUUAAAUUAAUACAGGAAGUGAAAUUGAUCUGUUGAGUUUAUAAACUCGUUGAGUUGUUGGGUUUCGGAGCAGUUUGGUUGAAAAUGGCGACGAUUAUUGGUGGAAUUGAAGGGGGUGCAACACACUCGACGAUAGUUUUAAUCAACGAACAGGGCGAGAUUCUGGUAGAGAGCAAUGGACCAGCAACGAAUCACUUACUUCUUGGCAUGGAGGAAUGUUCGAAACGCAUCGCUGAGAUGGUCAACAAAGCGAAAAACAAAGCCGGUCUGGACGAAAACAUUCCUUUGAAAGCUUUGGGAUUGGGUCUGAGUGGUUGUGAAACAGAGGAGACCAACAACGCGUUAGCUCAAGAUGUGGCAAAGAGAUACCCGAAUCUUAGUGAAUUGUACGCUGUUGGAAGCGAUACGGAUGGUUCCAUUGCGACGACGUCAGACAAUGGCGGCGUCACUUGUAUCGCUGGCACUGGCUCCAAUACGCUGUUAAUUAAUCCAGAUGGGGGCAAAGUUCAGUGCGGCGGUUAUGGAUACAUGCUCGGUGAUGAGGGCGGAGCAUGGAAACUCGCGCAUACAGCCAUAAAAAUCUGCAUCAACGACAUCGACGGUUUUGAAAAAUCCCCACAUCCCAUCGACUGGGUAUGGCAAACCACCAAGACCCACUUCAACAUCAAGACACACAUGGAACUCUUAGACCACGCAUACACACGCUUUGACAAAGCAUUCAUGGCAUCCCUAUGCAAAAUCGCCGCUGGCGCAAAUGAAGGCGAUGCGCUUGCGCGUCAUGUUUUUCACCUCGCAGGCCGAGAUCUCGCGAAGGGAUUGGCCGCCGUUCUUCCUAAAGCUCACCCUACACUGACUUCUCGAGGGGGAAUUCAUAUCCUAUGCGUCGGCUCGGUAUGGCUCAGCUGGAAUCUGCUUCGGCCGGGAUUCAUCGAACAUAUGGACUCCAUUCCGGAAAUACGCGAGCUGUCACUGAUGAAGAUCUGCACGACGAUUGCCGUCGGCGCUGCUUAUAUGGCGAGCGAUCGGCUGAAAAUCCCCAUUCGUAAACAAUACAAUAAAAACUACGAGGUGUUUUUUAGAUACAAAAGUUGUAAGUGACUUUUAUAAAUAUGAUUGAAAUAAGUUAAGCGUAAACUAUGAGGCUGCAGACGGUUUUUGUAUCAUGAGAUUAAUUGUAGAUUUGUAAUAAAACAAAAGCCGUUUGCGCAGUUGAAACACACUGUAUAUGUUAUUUUAUUAUAUUUUAUGUGUCACAUUGUCAAAUGACACGCUUAUGAUAGUAUUUUGUGUAAAUCGUCACGGAAUACGCCGUUGCGUAAGUUAAUCACACGGUUUGAAUCACAUGUUGAUAUUUUCAUCAAGCUUAUCAUUUGAAACAUGUUUAUUGCUUCAUUUCGCAGCGCCAUUUUAUUUUUAAGCGGAUUUUAUUUAAGGAUUAUAAAUCAACUUGUCAUUGCACGAAAAAUGUAUGUAAUCAUUAAAAAUUAUAUUCAUUGUCUCAUGGUCAGAUUUAAGUCGAAGAAAAAAAACUAUAAAUUUGUUUAAUGUU